UCAGCGGCGAGUGGAGGGCAAGGUGCCCCGACACAAUUUCCGGUUCCGCCGGGGAGCGGGACUCGGUUAGGCUCGCCGCGAUGCCCCUGCACAAGGUCCCAGUCGGCCUGUGGAAGCAGCUCCGGCUGCGGGAGGGCAUCUACUCCCGCCUGCCCCAGCACUACCUGCGUUCCCUGGAGGAGGCGCGGACGCCCACUCCCGUUCACUACAGGCCACACGGGGUCAAAAUCAAGAUCAACCCCAAGAACGGGCAGCGGGAGCGCGUGGAGGACGUGCCCAUUCCCGUUCACUAUCCCCCGGAGUCCCAGCUGGGGCUCUGGGGCGGCGAGGGCUGGGUGCAGGGUCACAGAUACAUCAACAACGACAAGCUCUCCAAGAGGGUGAAGAAGGUGUGGAAGCCGCAGCUGUUCCAGCGUGAGCUUUACAGUGAGAUCCUGGAUACCAGGUUAACUGUGACCGUGACCAUGCGCACCCUGGACCUCAUCGACGAGGCCUACGGGUUUGACUUCUACAUUCUCAAGACCCCGAAGGAGGACCUGUGCUCCAAGUUUGGGAUGGACCUGAAGCGAGGGAUGCUGCUGCGGCUCGCCCGACAGGACCCCCAGCUGCACCCAGAUGACCCCGACAGGAGGGCGGCCAUCUACGACAAGUACAAGGCGUUUGUCAUCCCGGAGGCGGAAGCCGAGUGGGUUGGCCUGACGCUGGACGAGGCCGUGGAGAAGCAGAGGCUCCUGGAAGAGAAGGACCCCGUUCCUCUGUUCAAGGUCUACGUGGAAGAGCUGAUCGAGCAGCUUCAGCAGCAAGCGCUAUCUGAGCCAGCAGUGAUGCAGAAGAGAGCCAGCAGGACGUAGCCGCAAUGGGACCUGGACCUGGCAGCCAGGCUCAGCACCCCGCCCCCUUUGGCACCGUGGACAGAGCCUGGGGUGGUGGUGAGGGCCACCCAUGGUCGUGUGUGCUGGCCGUGCAGCUCCCGGGUGGGGUGGGCUUUGUAGAGGCCCCAGGAGGUCUCUUGUCCCAGGAUCCCCAGAGGCCUGGGGCCCUCUCGCUGCCUCUGUCCCCCCCUCCCCGCAGUGGAGGCCCUGCCAAGGCAGGUCACCACCCUCGGGGGACAGUGUGAGUAAAGUCUGAGCUGGGC